AUGCCUGCUCUCCUUGGUCCCAGACAUGAGAUCGAUCGACGUGAUGCCACAACGAUUUCAUUGAAGAGCACCCUUAGCUCAACACCGGACUCCGAAGCUGCAGAGCUGAUAGCGACGGUCACCUCCGUUCAAGAAGGCUUGUCUGAUUUGCCUCAAGAUGUCUUUGAGUUCCUCAAGGCGAUAGAUGACCGCCUGCACGAGCAAGAAGCUCUGUUGGCAAGUUUGCUAGCUGUCUUUGCAGCAACCUCAGAGACAUCAUCAUCAACCUCAUUGGCCGUCAUUAAUGCGACAUCAACCGACCUGGUGCUGCCUUCCAGUACGAGCGUCGAGAUCUCGAAUCUUGUGCCCAUCGAGACGUCUUCCUCUGCACUCGCGGCAACUGGAUGUCGUCGUGGUGGAGCUGGUCCACUCGUACCUUGCUCUUCGUCUUCAGAGCAAGUCUCUGAAUCGAGCUCGAUUACUCCUACAUCUUCCCCCAGAUCUCGAAUUACCCGAACCUUGACGAGGACGACAUACGUGCCAGUGUCGGUCACAACUUUCGCUCAGCCUGUGCCAUUCACGAACACGACAAGAUUCUCAGCACCAUCGACGCCUGUGUUGCCCAAUUCAUCAAUUCAUAGUCCUCCAGAUACUGAGAGUUCCGACACCAACGCGACCGCGACAUCAGCAGACUCGCAAGCCAUGGCAACCCUCAACUCUGUUCCAUCACCCACAAGCACCAACUAUGUCUUCAAGACCAGCCGACAGAACAACGUUGCCGUAUACUACGGUCAAACACCAGACACGAAAACUGGCGACCUAAUGCAACUAUGCCAAAGCUCCAACGUCGACAUCGUAGUCCUAGCCUUCGUAACCUCCUUCUUCACAAACGGAGGCUUCCCAUCCGCCAGUUUCGGUCCCAGCUGCAAAGGCAGCACAGCCGCCCAACAACUCCACGCACCCGGUCUCCAAGACUGCACAGAUCUCGCUCCAGAGAUCGUCAUUUGCCAACAACUAGGCAAACCCGUGCUGGUCAGCCUAGGUGGUUAUUACAGUAAUGUAACCUUCACCUCCGACACCGAAGCCAUUCAACUCGCUCAAAAUCUGUGGGAUCUCUUCGGUACAGGUGAUGGCUUAGAUGCCUCUCUGCGACCUUUUGGAGGCAUUGUAAUCGAUGGCUUUGAUCUUGAUAACGAAAGUCGGGACCAAACUUCCUAUACGACUUUCGCGCGCGCUUUACGCACGUUAUUCGACUCCGACGACAGCAAGCGGUACUACCUCUCCGCAGCACCCCAGUGCCCUCGUCCCGACGCCUCUGUUCCAGUCUCCACAAUGGCACUUUGCGAUUUCGUCUUUGUCCAAUUCUACAACAAUCCCUCUUGCGACCUCUCCUCUGCAGGCUUUGCAGAUUCUUUUGCAAGUUGGAGUGACGACUUGGCUGCUGCGAAUAAUGAGACGAAGCUUUUUAUUGGUGUGGGAGGCUUUGAAGGUGCUGGAAGUGGGUACGUGGAGGGUGCUGGGUUGGGGCAUCAGGUUAGUCUUGCGAGACAAUUGUAUGUGGAGAAUUUCGGUGGUGUUAUGGUGUGGGAUGGCGUUGAGGGAGGGGCGAAUGUGGAUGAGUAUGGGAAUGAUUAUUUGGUUUAUGUAAAGGGAAGUUUGCAGUGA